AUGGUUAGAAAAGACAAAAGCCGCCAAAAAGAGCAGCUUCGAGCUCAGAACAUCAACGUGGCAUUCAAUCAACUUCAACAGUAAGUAUUCCUUCGGAUUUUUUCUCAAAUUAUAAUAAUCGUUCCAGACACAUUCCAUACCUGAGUCCAGAAGAGAGAAAACAACUCCCCAAGAUCAAAACUCUUCGACUUGCAGCCCAGUACAUCGCUCAUCUCAGUCAGCUUCUCGAAGGAAACGUGAUGGUGAGUCUCAAAAAUCGAGAUUCAGUACUCAUCAGAAUUCUCUUUUUUAGCUCAAAACUGACUGCGAAGAGGAACCCCGUCCGUUGGCCCACUCCGACUUCCGAUGCGCCGUUUCAAGUGAGAUGAGAAUUCGGAACAGUUACCGAGAACGAGCACACGCACAAGAAAUGGAUAGCGAGACCGUGCGGAGGAUUCUCGCGAGGGAGGAGAGCAGAACGCAGAGAAUGCGUCGUGAGAUGGAACAGAAAGGUUUGUUAAGGAUUUCAGAAAAGUUAGAAUCUAUUCAUGACCUUUAUAAUUUUCAGACAGCUCUCCGCGUCCUUUCGGCUCUCAAGCGCACAACUCUCACAAUUUCCGUCGGAUUUCGGAGAACGAACUCGACUUUUAUUCAUCUCCCAACACCUCACAUUCCACUAACUUUUCUCAGAGUCCUGAGAACCAUUGCAAUUAUCCAAUUACUCCUUUAAUGUAUCCCCCUCAAAACUUUGUCAUGCCUACUAUGUACAAUAUGCAACAGUUCCAGUAA